ACGUGCAGGAUGCCGGCCCUCGAGGACCAACUUUGGGCGCCCCUGGUGUAAAUAAACAUGCAAUGCAAAUGAAAGAAUGCUUCAAAUGUUAAUACAAUAGUGUUCCCAUAAAUCAGAGUGGGAAGUUGUUUCAAAAUGGCAGCAGACCAUUUUGGUCUUGGUACCCGACAGAUUAGCAGAUAGCUUUAGCCUCCGGGAACCAACUAAUCCACCUUAACAUAAAAAAACAAUGCAAAGACCGAUCUCUGCUGCACAUUAGAUAAUUUACUUUUUACCUUUUUACUAGAUCUUUACUUCAAAAACCCAAAACCAUCCUCUUUAGAUAACUAUAAAAUACUGUUUGCACAAAUUACUGAGUUUGUCUUGGUCCAGCUGUUUCGCCAAAGUAAAGAUAGAAUGAGCCCUUUUACAACAAAGUUGGGAAAGUCAUUGUUUUCCCUGUGGUCAUGGAUGAUCAAUAACUACAUGGUGGUUGAAUACAUAAUGAAGUUGGGGAUUAGGUUACCAAGAGAAAAUCUGUGCAUCAGAGCUAGCAAACAGUAAGGUCGACCCUAGUUUACUUUAACACUUUAAUUUUUCUUAACUUUAGGAUUCACCAAACUGUUCCUUACCUAAGUCAAUGGAUGUUUAAACAAGUAAAGAUAACAAAGAAAGUUACAGCAAUAAGUUUUAAUGACCAAAGGUUUACAUGACAUAAUCUCAAACGGCCAUAAAAUUAUCUAAAGCAGAAGGUUAGGAGAAAGGGUCUACUGAGCGUGCUGAAGAAAUACGGAGGGGAGGGGGGAUUUUUUUUUUAAGAGUCAGAUUUCCCUAGUCCAUGGAUCCUGGGAGUCACUCGGCUCCAAACUGAGAGAGUCUUUGUGCAGAGAGAGAGAAAGAGAGGAGGAGAGAGAGGGAGAGAGUCGCAGUGUGACUUCAGGUCUGAACGGUGAGGGAGAACAGAGGGAGCACAGAGUCUGCCGCACUUUCAUCACACACAUGUAGCUGGAAUUGCCUGCCAAAGCAGCAUUUUCGUGUUUUACUCUGCAAAAUGUGUCAAGGGUGGCCUCCUGCCCUUCUUCUCGCCCUGCUGUGCAGGAUGGUUGCAGCCCAGCAGCUCAUGGACGAGAAAGCUUCAGGAAGUCAUCUGGACCUGAUGGAUCUGAUUGGCAUCCCUCUGCCUCCCGCCGUCUCCUUCACCAAUGGUUUCCAGGGGUUUCCGGCGUACAGCUUCGGAAGCGACGCCAACGUCGGCCGACUCACAAGGACAUUUGUGCCCGGGCCUUUCUACAGGGACUUUGCCAUUAUUGUCACGGUGCGUCCGACCGCCCAGAGAGGAGGCGUCCUGUUUGCCAUCACAGACGCCCAUCAGAAGGUAGUGGAGCUGGGUUUGGCCCUGACGCCGGUCCACGGAGGCCUCCAGCGAAUCGUUCUGUACUACACCGACACGGAGCAGGCGUCCCACAGCCACAAAGCUGCUGCCUUCAGCGUCCCAGACAUGACGGACCAGUGGACACGGUUCACGUUGGUGGUGGAGCAUAAUGAGGUGCGUCUUUAUAUGGACUGCGGUGAGGCUGAGAGGACGACUUUCCGUCGCAGGCCAGAGAAACUCACCUUUUCACCAAACUCUGGCAUUUUUGUCGCAAACGCAGGAAGCACAGGCCUCGAUAAGUUUGAGGGGUCUGUUCAGCAGCUGAUCAUAAGGGAUGAACCCAGAGCAGCAGAGGAGCAGUGUGAAGAGGAUGUGACGCAGGCCUCGGGGUAUGCGAGCGGAGACGAUCCUCUGGAUGACAGAGAGACAGAGGUGGACUCCAGAAAAAGGGAAGAUGGCGUCAAACGGCCAGUCGUCUCUCUGAAGGGUGAGAGCAACUUCCCUGUUGAAGCUCCGCCCACUGUUUUACCAGAGGUGGAGCUUGAUGAGUAUUCUGGUCACAUGACUCCAACAGCAGCCAAUGAGGACCUGCUGAUAACAGAGUCUCAUCAAACAGAAGAGGCAGGAGAGCGACCUGGACACGUUCUCAUCAGGCCUGGCUUGAAAGGGGAACCAGGAGAUCGUGGACCGCCGGGGCCACCGGGGCCUCCUGGUUCUCCGGGACCUCGCUACGUACACAAAGAGGGCCGUGGGAAACCUGGGCCACAAGGACCUCCUGGAGCCCCGGGAACACCAGGGGGCGAUGGACAAAAGGGAGGCAAAGGUGAAAAAGGUGAAGUGGGUCAAAAAGGACAACAGGGAUUUCCAGGUUUGAGCGGAGAGGCUGGAGCUAAAGGAGACAAGGGAGACCCAGGCGUUGGUUUGCCAGGCCCCCCUGGUCUUCCAGGACCCCCAGGACCUCCCAGAUCCCGCAGUGUCCCAUAUGGACCAGAUGCCCUUGGUUCUGGCUUUGAGGAUCUGGACACCGAUACUGUUUUCAUCAGGGGUCCAGCAGGUCCUCCGGGGCCUCCGGGACCACCCGGGCCUCCUGCACCCCAACUGUCAUCAGAACUGACCCCUAGCCAUCCCGGACCCCCGGGUUCACCUGGUGGUGAUGGACUUCCAGGCGAACAGGGAAUACCAGGUCCCGCAGGGACAGAUGGCUCCCCGGGCCCACCAGGGGGUGCUGGACCAAAGGGCGACCAAGGGACACCUGGACCACCUGGACCAAAGGGUGAAAGUGGAGAUGCGGGCCCACCAGGAUCUCCUGGACUCCAAGGGCCCAAUGGUCGACCAGGAAGAAAGGGACCUGCAGGUCCACCAGGACCCCCUGGCCCACCUGGCCCUCCAGGAACCAAAGUCCUUGUAGAGGAUAUGGAGGGAUCGGGAAAGAGCGACUUGUUAAUUAGGACAGGAGUAAGAGGACCGCAGGGCCCUCCUGGCGUACCAGGUCCCCCUGGACCACCGGGUGAGGACGGCGCUCCCGGUGUUCCUGGGCUUUCCGUCAAGGGGGAACCAGGGAAACGAGGACCAGACGGCCUUCAGGGCUUUGCAGGACUGCCAGGUCCUAGAGGGUCCAAAGGAGAAAAGGGCAGCCCAGGACCAAAGGGCGAGCCAGGUGCUGACGGGCUCAGUAUCACAGGACCGCCCGGGCCUCCCGGACCUCCAGGACCUGUUGCAAACCUACAGGAACUGCUCCAGAACGCUACAGAUGGGAUGUUAAACUUCACAGAGUUCAGAGGACCCCCGGGGCCCAGGGGUCCUGAAGGUUUGCCGGGACAAGCCGGAUUUCCAGGCCCUAGAGGACCAAAGGGAGACAGAGGCCCUCAAGGUAUUGAGGGAGCUACAGGAGAGAAGGGAGAAAAGGGCGAACCUGGCGUGACAAUUGCUGCAGAUGGAUCUACUUUGUCUGGACCGAGGGGCCCUCAGGGGCCAAAGGGCCCAAAGGGCGACCGGGGCUUCCCAGGAGCCAUAGGACCUGUGGGACCGAUGGGAUAUCCUGGUCAAAAAGGAGAGUAUGGUUUCCCUGGACGCCCAGGGCGACCCGGUAUGGUGGGGAGAAAAGGCGACCGAGGAGAAUCUGUCAGCCUGCCGGGUCCUCCCGGUCCUCCGGGUCCUCCUGGUCCACCAGGAAGAAUUCUCGGUCUAAAUGGAGAGUCGGUGACGAAGAGAGACUCUGUGGGACUAAAAGGAGCCAAAGGCGAUGAAGGGACGCCUGGUGAGCCGGGAACGCCCGCACCCCCGUUACCUGACGCGGCAGAGGGAGCUAAAGGCGAUCUGGGGGUCAAAGGUGAAAAGGGAGAAAAGGGCGACGCGGGCCAGCCCGGUCCUCCAGGACUUCCAGGGAAAUCCGGACUUGUGGGUCCAAAGGGGGAGUCCGUUGUAGGUCCCCCAGGUCCGGCUGGUACUCCUGGUCCACCCGGAGCUCCCGGGCUCGGACAACCUGGGCCCCGAGGCCCGCCUGGUCCUGCCGGGCCCCCCGGACCGGCCCCCGAAUAUGGAUCUGACGUCAGUGUCCCUGGUCCUCCCGGUCCUCCCGGUCCACCAGGAUCUCCAGGCUACGCUAACCCGGUGACGACCUUCAAGACUGUCAAGGCUCUCAGCAGAGAGACCAGAGACCAGAGAGCCGCCGAGGGAACGCUGGCGUACGUGUCCGAGAGAGGGGGGGAGCUGUACAUCAGGGCACGCAACGGGUGGCGCAAAAUCCAGCUCGGAGAGCUGAUUCAAAAUGGAGCUUCCUCAUCAGAAGCGUCUCAGGCUCUGAGCAGAGCGGGAGAUCGGAGCCGACCACAAAGAGUUCACAGCCAGGAACUGCAGGAGGGCAGCAGGGGAUUCCAGCCCAGCUACAAUAUCUUGCCACAGACCAUUGAGUCCGUACCUGGACUCCAUCUAGUGGCGCUGAAUGCGCCGCUCAAAGGCGACAUGCGCGGCAUCCGCGGGGCAGACUUCCUGUGCUACCAGCAGGCGCGCUCCGUGGGGCUUACCGCCACCUACAGGGCCUUCCUGUCAUCACACCUCCAGGACUUGGCGACCAUAGUACGGAAGGCUGACCGCAACAACCUGCCGGUGGUUAAUCUGAGGGGGGAAAUAUUGUUCAGCACUUGGACCUCCAUAUUCUCUGAGAAUGCGGGCAUGUUCAACCCGUUGACACCCAUUUAUUCUUUCGAUGGACGCAACAUAAUGACUGAGCCAGCAUGGCCGGAGAAGCUGGUGUGGCACGGCUCCAGCAAGGUGGGCACCCGCCUGACCGCCAACUACUGCGAGGCGUGGCGGACGGGCGACGUGGCGGUGACGGGCCAGGCGGCGCUGCUGCAGACGGGUCGUCUGCUGGGACAACACCCCCGCUCCUGCUCCAACCACUACGCAGUGCUGUGUAUAGAGAACACAUACGUGGGAAACAUACCCCAACGGAGAACCUGAAGAAACACACACACACACACACACAUAUUAACACACAUGCAGGCAUGUUGAAAGUGGGAAAUACGAUUGGGGGAAAAACGCAUUUAGGCACAUGAAACACACACACAUAGAUACGUGUGUUUCAUGUGUGUGUGUAAAAUAUUGUUUUAUUUUUGUGUUUAGUUCCCACCUGAAAGGCGGCGUGAGACGGCAGCUCAACAUGUCCGUCCAGGUCUAGAGCUCAGUUAUUUUUGUAGUCUCUAACAGAGUAAAAAAUAAAAUGAAUAAUAAUAAUUAAAAAAAACAUUGUCAGUGUUUGAGAGCUGCCAGCUUUACGAUGUUUCUGGGGCUUCUUUGUUUUCCUGCUCUACAGACAAACUGGUAGAGAAACGUAGCAGAACUGCUGUAAAAUAAACCGCAAAGUCGCCGGUCUGGUCUGAAGAGACAAAGUCUCCUUUUUCCUGUUUUCAAACUAAAGUGACGUUUCACAUCUUAAGAAAGGUCUGAUGAGACAUGCAGCGAUAUCGGACUAAACGACUUACAACACCACACGUCAAAAAAAAAAGAGUCAUACAAUAUAUUGCUUCUAUUGCAGUAGCAUAAUCUCACACAUUAGAAAAAAAAUUUAACAAAGACUUCUACAAAAUGUCUUUUUUUUUUUUUCACCAUUAUUUUUCCUAAAAGACUCAAAAAAUUUCUUUGACAAAAGAUUUUCUAAAAAAAAAAAAUCCAAUUACAAAAGAUUCUUUUCUAGAAAAAACAUUUUUUUCUACUGGAAAAAAAUUAGAGCAAUUGUUUGACUUCUAAAAAUUUGUUUGUCAAAAAUUCUUUUUCAAAUAAAUUUCUGAGAUUUUUGAAGCAAAGUUUGUACUGCACCUAUUGGCAUUCUAAUUGCAACAGAAUCAUUUUUGUAAAGACUUAACAUUUUCAGAUUGACUACUAACUUGAAAAGGAUCAUUAGUUUGACCCAUUCCGCUCUUCAAAAUAGGAAAGACAGUAACUGGACUAUUGAUCUUCCCAGAAUAAGGAAACGGCUACAAUAAAGUGGAUGUUUGUCUGAAUUUGCCAAUAUCUCUAUUAGUUCACCUAUUAGAAAAAAAAACGUCUGUGAUUUUUUUCUAUUUAUACAGUAGCAUGUCCUAGAAAAACAUAGCUAGUAUGCAUUCACAUGUUGCUGUUUGAAGUUGAAACAUGUGUUUGUUGACAUUGUCCAGUUGUUUGUUUUUUUGUAAUACUGUAGACGUCUUUUUCUUUUUUAAUGAAGCACACUAAAUGACUGAUAAUCUCCUCACCACGCUUUGAUUGAAAUGUUCUGCCUGUAAAGUUGACUGUUAGUUGUUCUACUGUCUGAUUGUAUCUUCUGUUGAAACAAAAACUUGACUUUCUUGUACUUACCUUCUGGUGCUCUCUAAAUAAAGUGUCUGAUUUUUAAUUU